AUGAAGGAUCUUGGACCGGUGCACUUCUUCCUCGGCAUUCGGGUCCAGCGAACCGCGUCAGGCUUCUUCCUCUCGCAAGAACAGUACACCGACGACGUCCUCGAUCGCGCGGGUAUGUCGGACUGUAAACUGGCAUCAACUCCGGUCAACACCAAGGCCAAACUCUCGAGUUCGGAAGGUCAGCCCGUCGCCGAUCCGUCGUUCUACCGCAGCAUCGUCGGGGCGCUGCAGUAUUUGACAUUGACACGCCCGGACCUCGCCUAUGCUGUGCAACAAGCCUGCCUCCACAUGCACGAUCUGCGGGACGUUAACUGGACAUUCGUCAAGCAAAUACUCCGGUAG